CCCAUCUUCCCUCCUAUCAUUCACAAGUGAAUGACUUCGGGGGGGAAUAGUGUAAGGGCAGCCACACGAGACAAGACAAGGUGCAGAGCUCAGAGCCAACUCUGCACAGAGCCAACCACACCUCGGCUGCAGAGCUCAGGGCAGCCACACGAGACAAGACAAGGUGCAGAGCUCAGAGCCAACCACACCUCGGCUGCAGAGCUCAGAGCUAACCGCACCUCGGCACUUCGCCGUGGGUGUAUGACAGCCACAAUAGGCACACCCUCAUCUGAUCACUCGUCUGUACCAGAACACCCCUUCUCAAGGAACCUGCUCCGCCAGAACGCACCACGCGCAUUUAAUGCGGUUGCUCCGUUAAGGCACGUUACACCCACCUAAAACGUCUACUCCGUCAGGCGCACCAUGUCACCAUUAU